AUGUUUAGAUUUGCUCAACCAGCGAAUGUAUUAAAGGGUAAAGCACCAUCCCAAAUAGUUCCACCGCAUCCAAAGACAAACUCAUUCGUUCACCCAAGUGCUCAUCCACUGAAGUUCAAUCCAAAUAGUGCAAUGACAGUAGAAGUACCAACACACCAAAAUGGCCCUGCCUCAAACAAUCAAUACAACGGUAACCACAGCAGACCACACUUCAAAAAUCAAUUCAGCUCGCGCAAUAGUUCUUUUACAAAUGUUAUGAAUUAUGGCAAGAAUCAUGGGAACAAUAACAUGUCACCUGAUUCACCAUGGUAUAAUGAAGUAGUUGCUUUUGAAGAUUGUGUGUCUCAGACUCUGUAUAUGUCACAAACUCCUAGAAGAUCAAACAUGAGGAACAAUGGUAACAAUAACAUGAAUAAUGGUAGACGCACAGAGCAUCCUAAUACACAAGCGAAUCCAUUAUUUUGGGAUUCUAUCGGCAGAGCAAUGGGCUUGUACCAUGAUUUAAUCAAUACCCCAGAAUUGAACUCCGACCGUGUGUCUAAACUAGUCCAUUUACUCCACAAUGGUUUGAGAGCUAACAGAAAUCAGCUGACAAGAAUGAACAAGAAGCCUGACUAUGAUUCACAAUCCUUUCAUAAGGAAAUGACCAAUUACUUGUGUAAAUCAUUGAGGGAAAUAUCGGAAGACGUCUUAAAUGGUAAAGUUGAACUUAAUGAAUACGGUGCCAUGCACCUAAUUACCGCAUUUAAAGAACUUCUCUUGUUUCAAGAAGCAGUAAAUAUAUGGAAGUCAGCUAUAAAUGGGUCCAACAACUACACCUCAAACAUAUUCUUGAAUCCAAGAGUGGUUGGUGUUAUUCUGCCAAUUUUGUAUGAAAAUGGAGUAUCUUAUCCUGAAAUUCAAUCUUUAUAUGAAAAGUCUUCCUCCAUGAUUAACUACUUCCAUCCAAAUUUGUCCGUAGGUAUGAUCAGAGCAUCUUUAUCAGCAAGUGAGAAUCAAAUGGCAUUGAAACUGUUCCAAAAGUUAUGCGAAGAAUCCACUGAAAUGAAAUACGGUUAUUUAAUUGAAACUCAUUUAUCAUUUAUUGGUGAAUGUAAAGAUCUAAAUGUUGCUCAGGCGUUUUUUGAUAAAGCAUUAAAUGAUGAAAUGCCAUACAAGAUUGAUUUGCAAGUAUCAUAUGUCAAGUCCUUUUUGAAAAAUAUCUGGAGUCAAACAGGUGACUUCAAUCACAUCUAUCAGAUUUGGUAUAAAUCAUCACUCCAUUAUGGUAGACAUGUUAAUCAUGGUAUCUCAUCUUCUUUGAAUGAUACUUUCUUUGAUAUAUUUUUCGAGAACUAUGCCAAUGAUAAAGUCCAGGGUUUCCCAAUGUUACAAAACAUUAUUCAAAAUUAUCACAAUAUGAAAAAUAUUGAUGAACCCUUUUUCAAUAUUAUUCUCGCCAAAUGUACUGUGUGGCAUGAUAGAACAAUAUUGGAGUAUAUCGACAAUAGUUAUGAUGCUUUCAACAUUCCAAAGACUAUUGUUGCAUACAGAAUUUUGUUAAAGUCAAUGGGCUCAAUUGAUGACGUAACUACCCAGGAAAUUUUGCAAAGAUGGAUCAACUUAAUUUGUAAAUCCGACGAAAUUGGCCAAAGGUUUAUUGCUAAUGCCGAUUGGGCAGCACUGAGAGAUGCGACCGUUACCUGGACUCAGCGCAACAGAGGCAUAUCAUCUUCUUCCCCAAUGAGUGCAGUGAACAGUCUUGCUCCAAGUACAACAAAUACUCCUUCACCUUCUUUAUCUCCUAUUCCUGAUCGUGAUACUUUAUCUAGCGCUCGAAACACACCAAAUAAGAUCUGGUCUGGUACACCAGUUCCACCACCAUCAACAGAAAUGGACUUCUACUCACAUCCAGCAUUCCAAGCCGCUAAUGCUUCUGGUGCAUUUGAUGAUAUGGCUAGUGCAACUGUCAAUCCAACCCCUAGAAAAAAUUUUACUAAUGGUAUUGUACCAAACACCCCUCAACCAAUUGACGACAGAAUGGUACUUUAUCUGAAGAUUGUCAAGCGGUACUCACCAUUUUGCCGUGACUCCAGACAACUAGCUAGAUUGACAACAGGCACUGCUGUAAAAUACUCUGUUUUACAAGAAGUUUUGAAUCAAUUCCAAUCAUUAAACGUUAACGACAUUCCUGUUCCUGAAUUGAGAAAUCUGAAGCCAACCUGUGUUUAA